AUGUCCGACGAUAACGCCGCCGCCACUCCGUCACCGGACGCCAUUCGUAAAGCCCAGUCAGCCAUUCAAUCUUUGUCCUCCCUUGUCCCCUCCAUCCCUACCUCCCUCUCCUCCUCCAACAAUCCCGCUCUCUCUCUCCUCCACGACUCCGGCGUCUCCUCCUGCAUCUCUGCCCUCCUCAGGGAACCCAACUCCGGCUCCGGCGACAACAACCUCUGCCGUUGGCUAUAUGACACCUUCCAAUCUGGCAUUCCCGAACUCCAGCUCGUCGUCCUCCGCUUCCUCCCCGUCAUCACCGGUAUCUACCUCACCCGUAUUGUUCACCGGAAACCUCAAGCAGGCUUCGAGGCCGUCCUCUUAGCCCUCUAUGCCUCCGAAACCAAUGCCCGCUCCGGCCAAGCCGUCACCGUCACGAUCCCAGACUUGUCCAAUCCAAGCGUCUAUCAUGAAUCCAAAUCCACCGUCAAGAACAAUGCCACAAACCUCGACCUCGCCGUCGUUUCCCACUCCCUCGAACCCCACGGCACCGUACGUUCCUCACGGCGAGCCAGGAUCGUCGGAGUCACAUUAGAAUUAUACAACAGCAAGAUUUCCCAGAUGCCAGUCAAGUCAAAAAUCGAGCUUUGCGAGUUCUGCAAGAUCUGGGCAGGUCAAGACGGAGACAUGUACAAGGGAUUCGGGUCUGAAGCCGAACAUAAGCAGAGUGAUGAGGACGAGGAAGACGAGGAGGUUGGAGACGGAGAAGAAGAAGAAGAAGAAGAACGAGACAUCAUUAUAACAGAGGAAGAGAAAAGGAUGAAGAAGAAAGAAGGGAGGAUUCCUUUGCCAUGGGAAUUAUUACAACCAAUUUUGAGAAUUCUGGGACAUUGUUUGAUGGGUCUAAAUAAUUCUAAAGAGAAGGAGCUUUUUGAUGCAGCGAGCGAUGCUUGUAGGAGUUUGUAUGCGAGGGCUGUGCAUGAUGUGAAUCCAAAGGCUAUUUUGGCCACUGCCAGUUUGCUAAGGCUUUUGAAAAGGCUUGAGGAUAAUAAAUUUGAUGACUUUGAUCAUUUCACUAAUGUAAUACCUCUUUGA